CUUCUCCGUUGCCUGAGGUUGAUGAUACGAGACCGAUGAUGCUUCGGGUUGCCUACUGGUCAAUAAUGUUAUAUUGAGACCAACUUCUUUUAUUUCUAACUCUGUUAUAUUGCUAUUAUUGCUAUGUGUCUCUCUUUUUACAGCUAUACAGGGCUCAUGAGACCUUCAGUAAAGUGACCAUCACAUGCCGGCGACAGGCUCAGCGACCUCCGCGACGACAUCAUCCUCCGCGUCGUGUCCCACCUGAACCCACGCCAGGCCGUGCAGACGUGCGUCCUGGGGCGGCGCUGGCGCAACCUCUGGCGCUCGCUGCCCCGCAUCAACGCCGAGUUCUUCGAGUUCAACGCCAAGUCUGACACCGAAGAGGGGGACGAGGUGUUGUUCAAGAACUUCGUCGACCGAUUGCUGGAGCGCCGUGACCCCGUCGCCCUGUUGGACAAGUUUUGGCUCAGGUACUCGGUGUCCGACGGCGACGACCCCCACGCUUCCGCCAUGCUUUGGAGAAGAAGGCUCUGGCUCUGGAGGUUGUCGUGCUGGCUUACCCAUUGGCUCUCCAACGUUUUUCUGCGCCACGGUUUCUUUGAGCAGCUCAACAGGGGUUGUUCCGCACUGGAAGAUAUGUUCUUGUAUGACGCCAUCAUAAUAGAUCAGGAGUUCUCCUCCCAGACACUCAAGGCCUUGACCAUCGAUUACUCUCGGUUCUCAGAUGAGUACCAGACUUCUAUUUCUAUUCAGAGCCUCGUUCAUCUGAGCAUGGAAUGUCCUGCGGGCAGAGUACCUUCACUACAAAACAUGACGUCACUAGUGACAGCAUCAAUUCGAGUCUUGGAGGAAAAUGUGGUAGCCGAUACGCGUCAGUUUCUCAGUGGACUUUCUGGUGUUAGAAACUUGGACUUGAAUUAUCCAGGAAAAAAGCUGGAGAUGGACAGAGAAUUGCAAUGGUGUCCAAAAUUCAGCAAUCUUACAGAUCUGACUCUUGGUCAAUGGUGUCUGGGUGCAAAAUUCUCUACAUUGACCAUCUUCCUUCAGAACUCACCAAUGCUGGAGAAGCUAACUCUCAAACUCCCAGAGCAUGGUCUGAGCGCAUCUGCAAUAAUCAUUGGUGAGCCAAAAGAGAGAUCAUUCACAUGUGAGCACCUCCAAAUUGUUGAAGUCACAUGCGAGGAGGAUAAUCCCCUGCUCAACUGUGUGCAAGACUAUUUGGUUGCUAAGGGCAUAACCUCUGUCCAGAUUUGCAUCAAAUGCCCGAGCCAGAUUCAGCGCGAGGAACCUGAUUUUUUCAGGUAUGAAUACAGGUGAAAUGUCACUGAUCGCGAAUUCACUUGCGGUUCGACAAAAUCUCUCUCCCCUGGGAUGGAUCCAGUUCAGUUGGAAGGAACAUACACAUGUUUAAUUCUCUUGUUUGUUAUUAUGACUUGAGUACAAGACGUCAAACAGCUGUGUCACUCGAGUUGCAUGUGAGAUCGGUCAUCUCUUACUGUGGGUUACCUGUUUGCUGUCCAAAAUAUAACUUCUGUUGAUGCUGAGUAUUCCAUGUGGCUUGUGUUUUCCUGACAUGCUGUUAAAAUGUCAUAAUCUACAUGCUGUCACUUUGAAUUGCUAUCAUUUGGUAUUUCACAUCUGU